AUGGGACUUCUCCCCGCCCCCAGGGGGGCGGAAAGGCCCAAGGCACCCCCGACUGCGGGCAAGAUCGCCAGGCAGUCCGGGGUUGCCCCCCAGAAAGGAGCGGGCAACGCGGUCGCUGUGGCCGCGAGGCCCGCUCUGACGACGCAGAGGGAGGCCACCCCGUCCAUACUAGAGCUAUGGACGGAGGUGGUCUCCAAAAAGACCAGGAAAAAGGCCGCCAAAGCCGCCGAAAGGGCGACGAAGACGGCCCCACCCCCGGCGGCGAGGCCGACAAGGGUCCUCCCUAUCCCGCCCCCGAAACCCACCCCCCAACAACCUUCUUCGAAGAAGAAGAAGAAGAGGGGCGGACGUGGAGGGGGCCAGGGGGGACCAGGGGGGCAAACCCCGAGUGGCGCUAGCUCCACGGGUCCGGCCAGGGCAGCCAAAAUCAGGCCGCCGACAACGGCGGCCGUGACGCCAAUCAUGGCGAUCUCUUCGCCGCGUCUCGCAGCCGAGCAUCCUCGGCUGAUUACUUCUCCGCCCACGACGAGUAUCCUCGUCGAGUCCACAGGCCAGGCAUCCCUGGCUAAUCAACGCCGUCUUAUCGCCAGGGAAGACUUGCUCAUUGUAAACCAGAACAUCAUCAAGGCAUCUGCGCCUUGA